AUGAUUGAUAAUCGAGUCUACCCUCGUAUCACAGGAUCUCUUCGUGCUCAUUCUGAUAUUGCCGAACCUUUACACUACCGUAGUGAUAUUGAUGAAUUACAACGUCGUCGAAAACAAUCGUUGGAUGCCGAUUCGAAGAAAAUUCUCAAUUGGAAUCAAAUGCAGCAAUUUCUUCUCAAGCAUUCCUCUAAUCCAACAGAUCUUGAGUCACAGAUAAAACAACUACGAAAAUACGCUUUCGAAUUUGUCGGUUUGGAAUCUGAUUCUUCGUCCGUUGAUUCUGUUUGUGUGUACCUCUUCGAACUUUUUCGUAAUGUUAAUCAAAUUCAAGUAUCACAUUUAAAAGAGCUCAAACUAAGAUUUCCAACCUACACCGAUCAGCUAGUGACUCAAACAUUUGAAUUGAUACGUUCCAUAAGAGAUUCUCUCAAGCCUAGCUUCUUCGAAGACUAUUUAGCACCGAUAAAUACGGAUUUAUCGGGAAAAACACUAUUUGGUGAAACGACUCUUUUCCAUCCAAUUUCCCUGCAAAUCAAAGAACCUCUACCAUGGUCAGAACGAUUAUCGUACGAUCUUGCAUAUCAAGAGCAGGAAAAGAUCAACGUGGAAGAUAUUUCUGAUGAAGUUCUACCAUCAAUUACUUCCUCAGCUUCGGCAACGGCAUCAUCAUUAACGUCAACGAAAUAUAAUAAGAAAUGGCUAGAAGAUAGUCUUAGUGACGUUUUAAAAUCUCGUACUGAUAAAGGUGAUCUAGGUCGACAAGAGUUUUGUAAUCUGGUAUUCGAAACUCUUGUUUCCAGCCAGAGCGAUGAGGAAAUUCAACAUUCUCUGUGUGAUAUUAUUGGUUAUGAUCAUGUGGAAUUCAUCAGUGAACUAAUUCAAAAUCGUCAGAUGGUUAUUGAUGGGGUUUUAAAUAGUGCUAAAGCUCGUCCACGGGAAAUUGUUCGUGCUCCUGAACUUGUUCAACGUCAAGCACAACCUGUGCAUGGUCCAACAAUUGUUGUACGAAGUGAACAGGAAAAACGUUUAGAAAAACAAAUACGAAAAGCUGAUCGACGUCAAGCACAAACCGGUCAACAGUUUGAUGACGAUUUAGAUGAAUAUGCCGAUCCAGAAAUGUUAAAAUAUGAACGCGAACGCCAACUACUUGGUGCAAUGGCCAAGCGCCAGGAGAAAUUAUCCAGUAUGGCCCAAUCACGUUCAUAUCAAAACAAUGUGAAAUAUCCAUUUGUAUUCGAUCAGUUGCAAGAGAUUAAACAGAAAACUGCUUAUGUCGGCGGAGUAAAUCUUCUUCUACCGGAAAAUAUCGAACGAAAAUCAUCAAAUACAUACGAUCUUGUUCAUAUUCCGCAUGGUGAACAAAUGAAACUAGCAAAUCUAGGCAAAAAUAUUUGUCCAGCACUCAUACGCUUCGAAGAUUUAGAACCUUUAGGACAAAUUCUAUUUAAAGGCAAUGUGAAAACACUAAAUUUAGUACAAUCGGUCGUAUACAAAACAGCAGCAUUUUCAAAUGAAAAUAUCCUUAUAUCUGCUCCAACUGGUGCUGGUAAAACGAACAUUGCAAUGUUAACAAUUUUAAAUGAAUUGCGCCGUCAUUAUGACAUAAACAAUGGUGUUUUGUUAGAUACUGAUUUCAAAAUAAUCUACGUUGCACCAAUGAAAGCACUUGCAUCGGAAAUGGUUGACAAUUUUGGUCGGCGUCUUUCGUCUCUUGGUCUUCAGGUGAAAGAAUUAACCGGUGAUAUGCAAUUAACAAAAGCAGAAAUCGAACGAACACAUAUGAUUAUCACAACGCCCGAAAAAUGGGAUGUCGUCACACGAAAAUCCAUUGGUGAUACGAAAUUUGUUCAGAGUGUGAAACUGUUGAUUAUUGAUGAAAUUCAUCUUUUACACGAAGAUCGUGGUCCGGUUAUUGAAGCCUUAGUCGCACGUACACUCCGACAAGUUGAGCAAACGCAAGAGCUUAUUCGUAUCGUCGGUCUUUCGGCAACACUGCCCAAUUACAUAGACAUAGCGAUGUUCCUACGAGUUAAUCCAAUGACUGGUUUGUUCUUUUUUGAUAAUCGCUUUCGACCAGUACCGUUAGCACAAACAUUCGUUGGAAUCAAAGGAGCGAAUAAAAUGGACCAAACGAAAAAUCUCGAAGAUGUUUGCUACGAUAGAGUUUUGGAACAAGUCAAAGUUGGACGUCAGCAAGUACUUGUCUUUGUUCAUGCUCGAAAUGCGACAGUUCGUACCGGGCUUCAACUACUUGAAUACGCACGUAAUCGUGGCGACACAGAACAGUUUCUCUACAAAGGAAAAGAAGAUGAUGAUCCAAAACUAUCCAUUCAAUAUCAAGAUGCUUGUCGACAGGUCGCCCAUUCGAAAAAUGUUCAACUACGUGAUUUAUUUCCUCACGGUUUUGGUAUUCAUCAUGCUGGAAUGUUGAGACAAGAUCGAAAUAUGGUGGAAAAGUACUUCUAUCAAGGUUUUAUCAAAGUACUUGUUUGUACAGCAACACUCGCUUGGGGUGUGAAUUUGCCUGCACAUGCUGUUGUCAUCAAAGGCACAGAAUUAUACGAUAGUAAACGUGGUUCAUUUGUAGACUUGAGUAUUCUGGAUGUUUUGCAAAUUUUCGGCCGUGCUGGUCGGCCUCAAUUUGACACGAAUGGUCAUGGUAUCAUUCUCACUACAUAUGAUAAACUUCAACAUUAUCUUUCAUUGUUAACACGACAAAAUCCAAUUGAAUCUCAGUUCAUCAAUCAUUUAACUGAUAAUCUUAAUGCUGAAAUCGUUCUGGGAACAGUUACAACAGUUGAAGAGGCUUGCCAAUGGCUUCGAUAUACUUAUUUGAAUGUUCGAAUGCAUCAGUCGCCGAUAACAUAUGGUAUUAAUGCCAAUAUGAAAGUGAUGGAUCCACAUUUAUAUAGUUUUCAACGAGAUUUGAUCAUUAAGGCAGCACAAGAACUUGAUAAGGCUAACAUGAUUCGUUUCGAAGAAAAACAAGGAUAUUUAUUUGCCACGGAUCUUGGACGAACAGCUUCGCAUUACUAUAUCAAUUAUGUCACUAUCGAAACGAUUAAUGAACAUUUAUCCAAUCGAAUGAUGACCGAAGCCGAUUUAGUCGAACUUGCCUCACUUGCUGAUGAAUUUUCUCAAUUGAAAAUUCGUGAUGAUGAAUUAGACGAACUUGAUACAUUACACAACAAUUACUGUCAUUUACCAAUCAAAGGUGGUCCAGAGAAUGUACAUGGUAAAGUGAACAUUCUUAUCCAAGCGUAUAUUUCACGUGCGCAAUUGAAUUCAUUUUCAUUGGUUUCGGACAUGUCUUAUGUAAACCAAAACGUCGUGCGUUUAAUUCGUGCACUAUUCGAAAUUGUUUUAAAACGUUCGUGGGCAACAUUAUCCUCGCAUCUACUUCGUUUAGCCAAAACAGUAGAACAACGCAUGUGGGAUACGAUUAAUCCAUUAUGGCAAUUUUCGCAAUACAUCAAUGUUGAAAUUCUACAAAAACUAGAUGCGAAACAAUUGACACCUGAUCGUCUAUUAGAAAUGGACGCCAAAGACAUUGGCAUUAUGAUUCAUAAUACACGUUUAGGAAAGGAAAUCAAACUAUACGCAUCAUAUAUUCCUAUCCUACAUAUUGAACCUCAGUUGCAGCCAAUUACACGAACAGUUCUACGAAUUAAAUUGACUAUCACAGCAGCGUUUAAAUGGUCGGAUAAAAUCCAUGGUACAAACAGCCAACAGUUUUGGAUCUGGAUUGAAGAUCCUGAUACAGAUAAUAUGUACCAUUCGGAAUAUUUUAUUAUCACGAAAAAACAGGUAAAAUUAGAAGAACCACAAACAAUUAUUUUUACGAUUCCAAUUGUUGAACCAUUGGCCAGUCAAUACUAUGUGCGUGCGAUUAGUGAUAAAUGGUUAGGCUCAGAUACCACAACAAUAAUAUCUUUUCAAAAUUUAAUUCUACCAGACAGACACAUGCCACAUACAGAACUGCUCGACUUAGAUCCUUUGCCCAUUACGGCUCUAGGCAAUCCAGCUUACGAGGCAUUACUUCGUUUUAAACAUUUUAAUCCAAUUCAGACGCAAUUGUUCCACUGUCUAUAUCAUACAAAUAAUAAUACGUUACUUGGUUCACCAACUGGUUCAGGAAAAACCAUCGCUGCCGAAAUAGCUAUGUUUCGUGUAUUCAAUCAUUACCCUGAUAUGAAAUGCGUUUACAUCGCACCAUUGAAAGCGCUUGUACGUGAACGUAUUCAGGACUGGAAAGUUCGUUUAGAAGAACGCUUGGGAAAGAAAGUUAUUGAAUUAACCGGCGACUUCACGCCUGAUACGCGUGCCAUACAAUCAGCUGAUGUUAUCGUGACAACACCCGAAAAAUGGGAUGGUAUGAGCCGUUCCUGGCAAACGCGUUCCUACGUUAAACAAGUUGCUCUAUUGAUCAUCGACGAAAUCCAUAUGUUAGGUGAAGAUCGUGGCCCGGUACUCGAAGUCAUUGUUUCACGAACCAAUUUCAUUUCAUCACAUACUGAACGGCCACUUCGUAUUAUUGGUCUAUCGACAGCUGUAGCCAAUGCUCGAGAUCUUGCCGAUUGGUUAGGCAUUACAGGUACAAUUGGUUUAUACAAUUUUCGGCCGAGUGUCCGACCAGUACCGCUUGAAGCACAUAUUCAAGCGUUUCCAGGCAAGCAUUACUGUCCGCGUUGUAUGUCAAUGAAUAAACCAGCUUAUCGAGCUAUCCGCACACAUUCGCCAAAUAAACCCGUCUUAAUAUUCGUCAGUAGUCGACGACAAACACGGUUAACAGCAGAAGAGUUGGCUAAAUAUCUAUUGAAUGACGAUCAUCCUAAACAAUGGUUGCAUAUGCCCGAAUUCGAAAUGAAUAAUUUAUUAACUCAAAUUCAAGAUAAAAGCCUUCGAUUGACACUAUCCUUUGGCAUCGGCAUUCACCAUGCUGGUCUCAAAGAUCGUGAUCGACAUAUUGUGGAAGAAUUGUUUGUCAAUCAAAAAAUUCAAAUUUUAGUCGCUACGUCAACUCUAGCAUGGGGUGUCAAUUUUCCUGCACAUUUAGUUAUUAUUAAAGGUAAUUUCAAUAAUGAUCAUCAGUGUGAACUUCCAAAUUUAAUAAUGGUAUUCUGCUUUUCAGGUACUGAAUAUUAUGAUGGAAAAACUCAUCGGUAUGUUGACUUUCCAAUUACUGAUGUUCUACAAAUGAUGGGACGUGCUGGUCGUCCUCAAUUCGACGAUUCCGGAAUAGCCGUGAUUAUGGUUCACGAUGUUAAAAAGAAUUUCUACAAAAAAUUUCUCUACGAACCAUUCCCCGUUGAAUCCAGUUUACUCAAUGUCCUUUCUGACCAUUUCAAUGCUGAAAUCGUCAGCGGAACGAUUUCUACUAAACAAGACGCUCUCGACUAUCUAACGUGGACAUAUUUUUUCCGUCGUCUACUAGUCAACCCAAGUUAUUAUCACAUGGAGCCCUUAUCAAACGACAUGGACCAACAAACAACAUUGAAUACAUAUUUAUCCGCUAUCGUUCAACGGUCCCUCGAUCAAUUAAUUCGCGCGACAUGUAUCAAUGUUGAUGAGGUCGACCAACGAACUUUACAUGCAACCGUUCACGGACGCAUCGCGUCACAUUAUUAUAUAUCGUACAGAACUAUUCAUAUGUUUGCUCAACGUGUCACAGCAACUAUCACCAUUGGAGAGCUGAUUGACUUAAUUUCUUCUGCGUAUGAAUAUGCGGAAAUGCCGGUUCGUCACAAUGAAGAUGAAUUACAUAAAGAAAUGGUUCACCGUGUACGAAUACCAUUCCGAGGUCAACCCCAAUUUGAUUCACCACAUUUUAAAACCAAUCUGUUAAUUCAGUUUCAUCUGAGUCGGUUAGAAUUUCCACGUGUGGAUUAUGUCACGGAUUUGAAAUCUUGUCUGGAUCAAAUCAUCCGUAUUAUCCAGGCGAUAAUCGAUCUAUGUGCGCACAAAGCAUUACUAAGUCCCUGCAUACUUUGUAUUCACCUUCUUCAAAUGGUUAUUCAAGCACGUUGGAUAACGGAUCCUGAUACGUUGACACUCCCGCAUGUGACAGAUCGAUCAUUAACACGUCUGCUUUCUUCAUACCUAUGUCAAUUAACCAAUGUGAAUCGUGAAACGUUGACUGCUAUGCUCGACGCACAAUUGACUUCGACACAAAUCGAUGAUAUUUACAAGCAUCUAACACAUUUACCGCAGAUCGAAUUUCAAUUUAAAAUACGAGGAUUUUGGUCUACACGCGAAGAAACUCGACAUUUGCCAGCAAGUGUCUAUGCGGAUCAAGAAUAUACUUUACAGAUUACACUAAAACGACUGAAUCGAGUACACAGAAAUGACUAUCGUCAGUUAACAACGUCACCGGUGAAUAAACCAAAAGACGAAGGGUGGGUUUUAAUCCUUGGCAAUACUGAUACGGGAGAAUUAAUUUGUAUGAAACGCGUCAACCAAAUCAUACGUUCUCAAACAACCGUUUCUCUAUCAUUUGUUACAUCGAACAUUGUUGGUCGACAACGUCUAACACUUUAUUUUCUUUCCGAUGGAUAUCUAGGCCUCGAUCAACAAUCCGAUUUCUUUCUUGAUGUUGAACCAUCGUCUUUACAAACGCAGAUUAAUACAGAAUUAGAUUCAUUAGCUGACGAACUCGAUCGACGUCUGGCAGCUUUCGAGUGA